AAUUAUAGGAUUUAUAAAAAAUCACCGGAUUUUGAAAAAUAUUUAAUGAGUUUGUCAACAAAACUAUGUAAGAAUAUUGUUGUUUAAGAACGGAUAAUCCUAAAAUACCUAUUGAAACAGGUAGAUGGUUUAGAAUUCGUAAAGCGAGCAGAUUUUGUAAAGUAUGUGCCUCCUAUGAAAUUGGGGAUGGAUUUCAAUAUCUUUUUUAAUGUACUGGAGCCGGUUGUAUCAACGGUUCAUUAAAUUUAAUGUGUUAUUAAGCCUAAUGAAUCAUCAAAUUCUAAACAAAUCAUUAGUUAAUAAACACAUUAAAGGUUGUUGUACAAAACCGUUAUUAAAGGUUUGUUAGUUAAUGCAGCAUUAAAAUAUUAAUGAGUCAUUAAAGCUUUCUUGUUCUUUAAAUAUUACCCAUAAUGCUAUGCUCGUCAACUUCCGGGGCGUCUGCUUUGUUUGUAAACAUUCUAGCAAAAUGACAGACGCCGACGUCCAAACAAAGUUAGGUAGAAACCGGGGGAAAAUUUUUGAUACUAGCGAGAUUCAGCUACUUGCUGACUUGGUUGAAAAAAAAUAUCGUCACAAUUAACAGCAAGUUUACGAAUACGAUCACUAACGAAAAGAAGAAGAAAGUAUGGGAAAAUAUCACGUCACAGAUUAAUGCUUUAGGAAUUGCAAAUCGAUCGAUUAAAGAAAUAAAAACAAAGUGGACAAAUAUGCACCAAACUGCAAAAAAAGAGUUCAGUAGCAACAAACUGUCCCAGAGAAAGACGGGUGGUGGCACUUGCGCCAAACCACUAUCGGUAGUGAGUGAGAAGAUCGUUGAUCUCUACAAAGACUCGCCUACAUUUAAUGGGUUGUCUGGGUUUGAAACGCAAUCCACUGACGAAAGCAACAUAGAGGUGAUUGGCUCCCCCACUACUGUGUCAAUUUUGACGGAAUUGCUGAUUCCAAGUGUUCAAGAAAGUGGAGACCAGGUCCCCGAAGAAUGUUGUGAGCAGGCGCAAAACGACGAGUCUUACCACUACCGAAGCAACAGAAAAACCUACUUCAAGUACAGUCACAACUGCGACGACUUGUAUGGAGUCAAGCAUGUAAUUAUAAUAAUUUUCGACAUUAUACUUUGUCUCCAUCUACAUGAUUUUGUGUAUACACUUUUCAAAAAUAAACAUUUAUAUGCAUUAUAGGUCAAGAAAUGUAGGAAAUAGUGGCCGGCGUAAGAGGAUUAGACCUGAAGAUGUGACACAAAUGCAGUACGCCGUAUUGGUAGAGCAACAACGGAAAUUACGGGAACAAACGACGUUCUACAUGCUUAUGAACAAGAAGCUACGACAGGAGUUGGAAAUGCCUUCCGAGGACUAGUAAACGAAAUAAAAAUGAUCAACAAUUAAUAAACUAA